AUGGCAGAGUUGGGCCUAAAUGAGCACCAUCAAAAUGAAGUUAUUAAUUAUAUGCGUUUUGCUCGAUCAAAAAGAGGCUUGAGACUCAAAACUGUAGAUUCCUGCUUCCAAGACCUCAAGGAGAGCAGGCUGGUGGACGAGACCUUCACCAUCGAUGAAGUGUCUGAGGUGCUGAGCGGGCUGCAGGCUGUGGUUCACAGCGAGGUGGAGUCGGAGCUCAUCAACACGGCUUACACCAACGUGUUGCUCCUGCGGCAGCUCUUUUCGCAAGCCGAGAAGUGGUACCUCAAGCUGCAAACAGAUAUCUCUGAGCUUGAAAACAGGGAAUUACUAGAACAAGUUGCAGAAUUUGAAAAGGCAGAAUUUACAUCUUCCACUAAAAAGCCCAUCAUGGACAUCAUAAAGCCAAAACUUGCUCCACUUAACGAGGGUGGAACAGCAGAGCUCCUGAACAAGGAAAUUUUAAGGCUUCGAGAAGAGAAUGAGAAACUGAAGUCCAGGCUGAAGACCAUCGAAAUGCAGGCUAUGAACGCGCUGGACGAGAAGUCAGAGCUGGAGCGGGCGCUGCAUGACUUACAGCUGGACCAAGGCGACCAGAAGGAUAUUAUAAAGGCCCAAGACUUGUGUGAGUUGGAAAACACAGUUGCCGCUUUAAAGAGUGAGUUUCAGAAGACACUCAGCGACAAGACAGAAAACCAGAAGUGUCUGGAGGAGAGUCUAGCGACGGCCAAGCACGAUUUGCUGAGGGUUCAGGAGCAGCUGAGCAUGGCUGAAAAGGAAUUAGAGAAGAAAUUCCAGCAAACAGCAGCCUACCGGAACAUGAAAGAGAUUCUGACCAAAAAGAACGACCAAAUCAAAGACCUGAGGAAAAAACUGGCAAAAUAUGAACCUGAAGAUUAA